UAUUAACGCUGUCAGCGUCCAAGUAGAAUGUACCCAAAGAGUAACUGACAUAAUAAACGCAGCCUUUUAUAUGCUUCGUUGCGGUACCAUUCCAGUCCUUUCAGGUUAGGUAACAGAUCAGGUCGCUCAUCUGCUCAUGAUUUCUGAAAUCUCAAAGUGCGGACGACGAGCAAGUAGUACUGUGUUAUCGCGUAAAUAAUUUAUCUAAUUGAUUGUAACGGUGAAUAUAAUAUUAAAACGAUGACACUGACACUACAAACGGUUAUACGAAGUUUACGACUUCAAACAUCUUUACCACAAAGAUCUUUUCACGUCUCAGCUGCUGCAUCAAAGAGUGUGUCUGGUCGAUACAAAGCAACCCCGAAGCAGACUCGCCCUCUAACGUAUGAAAUGGCCAAUCCACCAAAUUACAUUGCACAUAGAAAGGCAUGGAACUCGUGGAACACUUCUAAUAUUUUGGGUGGCAAUCGUCCAUCUGAAACAGCAAUCGAGGACGUCUUCAUUCGACGCUUUAUGAUCGGCACUUGGCACAACGUAUUCGCCAGUGAAAUAAUAAUUAAGAGGCAGCACAAUAUUGUCAGAAUAGCUGGUAUAAUUAAGCAAAAUUUGGGAACAAGAAAAGUGUAUUUUCUCAUCGGUUAUACAGAGGAAUUUUUAAGUUACAUACUCCAAUGUCCCGUCAAAUUGGAAUUGCAAUCUAUUACUGAUCCUAAAUCUAUGAUUUUUACGUAUGUCUAAUAAAUGGUUUUGUAAAUAUUGUGAUAAUGGAAAAAAGUAGAUGCUAGAAAAAUAUAAAAAAUAAAAACAAGCGCUUGCAAA